AGUUCUACUCAGAACACAAAGACUGCAAUUUGCGUUUUAAAACUUUCGGAGAAAUACUUUGUAGAGAAGAAAGCUUUAAGAGGCAGCAUUGUGAUUAUAAACAUACAAUCUUAUACUUCGACUACUGAAGCGCUAUUGCUAAAAACGCUACACAGUGGUAAAAAGUAUUCCAUUAUGGUGAAAAAUGGUUUCCGCCCACACGCUAAUGCGUCCCACUUUCCAGAGAAAGCAAAGAACUACAUGAUGAUUUUAGAGAAUAAAACGGAUCUAGUAACCCAUUUAGAUCAAUUAAGAUCGUUACCCUCCUGGAAUCCUCUAGCUAAAUCAGUUGCUUAUUAUCAAGUAAAACCGAAUGAAGACAGCAAAGACGCAGCAAUCAAAAUUAUAAACGAAUUCCGGGAAUUUAAAAUACUUAAAAGUAUAGUUUUGAUUUAUUACUCGUUAAACGAUGAUAUUACCUCAUAUUCGUGGUCUCCAUAUAGUGAUGAAAAUUGUGCAAAUAAAUGUGAAUCCGUUUAUAUUUUAGACAUAUGCAAAGAUAACAAUAUAAAGCAAUUUCAGCCUCAAAGAGAGAUGUUUCCAUCAGACUUAAAAGGAUGCCCUUUAAUAACGUAUGCCGUCAUAUCUGAACCGUAUGUGAUGCCUCCUGAAAGAAAAGUUACGAACACAAUAUGGAGCGACGCUUAUGAAUUUCAAAAGGGUGGGGAGAUAAAUCUUGUGAAGAUUAUAAGUCAAUUCACAAAUAUGAGUCUUAUUAUUCGAGUUUCAGACAAAGAGGAGAACUGGGGCGUAAUCUACCCAGAUGGGAGGGCGACGGGCGCUUACAGUAUGUUAAGAAAUGAUUCCGUAGAUCUUGUUAUUGGUAAUAUUGAAGUAACACGUACAAUACGUAAAUGGUUCCAUCCUACCGUGAGUUAUACUCAAGACGAGAUGACUUGGUGCGUGCCUAAAGCGAAACCAGCGGCAACUUGGGACAAUCUGAUCAUAAUAUUCCAGUGGUCAACUUGGGUGGCGACUACAGUAAGCGUUUCUAUAAUGGGUAGUGUUUUCCAUUUCAUGUACUACAAGGAACGAGAUGAGAAGAUAACAAAAUGGCCAACCAAUUCUAUUUUAAUGACGUUUAGUAUGCUACUCGGUUGGGGUGCUAGAUUUGAACCGAAGUCGUCAGCGUUUCGCAUUUUGAUUUUCGUCUGGUUAUGCUUCAGUUUAAAUAUGGCGAUAUCGUACGAGUCGUUCCUGAGGAGUUUUCUAAUUCACCCACGAUUCGAGAAGCAGAUAAGUACUGAAUCCGAUCUAAUUCAGUCUGGAAUUCCUUUGGGCGGUAGGGACUUGUACAAAUCCUAUUUCGAGAAUAAUAACGCAAGCGAUUUUUAUUUGUAUCGCAAAUAUAACUCUACAGCGUUCUCAGAAGGUAUAAGACGAGUGGCCAUUGAAAGUUUCGCCGUUGUCUCGUCGAGGAGGCAAGCUGAAUAUAUGGAUCAGAAAUUGGGUAAAGGUGCACCUUUGAUAUAUUGCUUCCCAGAGAGUAAUAAUCUAUACAAAUAUGGUGUUGUGUUAUUGACUAGGAAAUGGUUUCCGAUGCUGGAAAGGUUCAAUAACAUUAUACGGAGUGUUUCGGAGAAUGGCUUGAUAGAUAAAUGGAAUGAAGAGCUGUUUCUACAUAGCACACGCGAGAUAACCAGUGCUAUCUUGCCAUUAAGUAUCCAGCAUUUACUCGGGGCUUUUAUACUGAUUGGAAUCCUAUAUGCUGUAAGUGUGGGGAUCUUUAUAGGAGAGAUAACAUUCGGUAUGUUAAAACGAAGGAAAAUAGCUGAGACUUUUAAGAUUAAAUUGUUAAAAAUACUCCUUGCUAUGUUUUGGUACUGA